GUAAAACAACCGAGACAGUGGCUUCAAGAUGGAAGACAGAAGAAAGAGCUGAUUAUUAGGGGUUUUGUUUGUCUGUUUUGGUGGAGGAAAGGACAUAGUUUCUGCAGUGCCUUACAAGUUAGUAUCUUUCGAUCACCGCCCGCACCAUCACCUGGAGACGUACUGGAAACGCAGACUCUGAAGCCACGCUUCCAGUCUCCAGUUUCAGCACCUCUGGGUCUGGUACCCAGUCAGCGAGUCUUCAUGACCCUCUGGGCAAGACUGCCCGGCCUACGCGCUACGGGUUUAUCGACACGCGGCCUUUGGACUCCACAGCGAGCGCCCAUCCAGCAGGCGUCCCCCGGGGGCACUUGAGAGAAUCCAGCCUCGCGGGCUGCCCCUCCCACCCCCAGACCCGCUCUCCCGGAACGCAGCCCCAGAGACACGCAGCCCGGCGCCCUCUCCCGCGUCGGCACAGGCUCGGAGGACCUCUCCCCAGUGGGUUCGGGGGCAGACGGCCCAAGCGGACGACCCGCGAACUGCUUUAAAGCGCGUAACCCCGCUGGGCCCAGUGCACCGCACCCCGCUCGCUGUCACCCCGCGGCCGCGGCCGGGCUCGGAGUCCCGCCGGGUGGGAAGGAGGCUGUGCGGGGCAGCGCGGGCCCAGGCCCCCCGGCGGGCCGCGAGCAGGUGAUAAAAGAUGACAGAAGUCCCCAUUUGAGAAUCCGGUGUCCUAUUGCCGAAGAGCUACCUCUGAUCUUGAGCUACUGGCUUGAACAAGCCUCCGCUGGAGCCAGUCCAGGCCAACAGCUGUAUAGGUUGCUCAGCCUUCCUUAAUGAUGGGUAUCGGCAAGAACACAACAUCCAAAUCAGUGGAGGCUGGGGGAUCCACAGAAGGCAAAUAUGAAGAGGAAGCGAAGCACCCCAACUUCUUUACUCUCCCGGUGGUGAUCAAUGGUGGGGCCACGUCCAGUGGAGAGCAGGACAACGAAGACACUGAGCUCAUGGCAAUCUACACCACAGAGAAUGGCAUCGCAGAAAAGAGCUCUCUUGCAGAGACUCUGGACAGCACUGGAAGUCUGGAUCCCCAGAGGUCGGACAUGAUCUACACUAUAGAAGAUGUUCCUCCCUGGUACUUGUGCAUAUUCCUGGGUUUGCAGCACUACCUGACGUGUUUCAGUGGCACAAUCGCAGUGCCCUUUUUGCUGGCUGAUGCCAUGUGCGUGGGGGAUGACCAGUGGGCCACUAGCCAGCUCAUCGGGACCAUUUUCUUCUGCGUGGGAAUCACUACAUUGUUGCAGACAACAUUUGGAUGCAGGUUACCCCUGUUUCAGGCCAGUGCUUUUGCAUUUUUGGCCCCUGCUCGAGCCAUCCUGUCUUUAGAUAAAUGGAAAUGUAACACCACAGAGAUUACAGUUGCCAAUGGAACAGCAGAGAUGUUGGAGCACAUCUGGCACCCCCGGAUCCAAGAGAUCCAGGGGGCUAUCAUCAUGUCCUCAUUGAUAGAAGUGGUCAUCGGCCUUCUUGGCCUGCCUGGAGCUCUGCUGAGGUAUAUCGGACCCCUGACCAUCACACCCACUGUGGCCCUCAUUGGCCUCUCUGGUUUCCAGGCUGCAGGAGAGAGAGCAGGGAAGCACUGGGGCAUUGCCAUGCUGACGAUUUUCCUGGUAUUACUAUUCUCACAAUAUGCCAGAAAUGUUAAAUUUCCUCUCCCAAUUUAUAAAUCCAAGAAAGGAUGGACUGCAUACAAGUUACAACUUUUCAAAAUGUUUCCGAUAAUCCUGGCUAUCCUCGUGUCCUGGCUGCUGUGCUUCAUCUUCACGGUGACUGAUGUCUUCCCUUCCAACAGCACUGACUAUGGCUACUAUGCCCGCACAGAUGCCAGGAAGGGUGUACUUCUGGUAGCCCCAUGGUUUAAGGUUCCGUACCCAUUUCAGUGGGGAAUGCCCACCGUCUCUGCAGCCGGAGUCAUUGGCAUGCUCAGUGCCGUCGUAGCCAGUAUCAUUGAGUCCAUCGGUGACUACUAUGCCUGCGCCAGGCUCUCCUGUGCCCCACCACCUCCUAUCCAUGCAAUAAACAGGGGUAUUUUUGUGGAGGGUCUUUCAUGUGUUCUCGAUGGCAUAUUUGGUACUGGGAAUGGCUCUACCUCCUCCAGUCCCAAUAUUGGAGUUUUGGGAAUUACAAAGGUUGGCAGCCGCCGGGUGAUCCAGUAUGGUGCAGCACUCAUGCUGGCCUUGGGCAUGAUUGGCAAGUUCAGUGCCCUCUUCGCAUCCCUGCCGGACCCUGUGCUCGGAGCCCUCUUCUGCACACUCUUCGGAAUGAUCACAGCUGUUGGCCUCUCUAACCUGCAGUUCAUUGACUUGAAUUCUUCCCGGAACUUAUUUGUGCUUGGAUUUUCCAUCUUCUUCGGGCUUGUUCUUCCAAGUUACCUCAGACAAAACCCUCUGGUCACAGGUAUAACAGGAAUUGAUCAAGUACUGAAUGUUCUUCUCACAACUGCAAUGUUCGUAGGAGGCUGUGUGGCCUUUAUUUUGGACAACACCAUCCCAGGUACCCCAGAGGAAAGAGGAAUCAAGAAAUGGAAGAAGGGUGUGAGCAAAGGAAAUAAGUCUCUCGAUGGCAUGGAGUCCUACAACUUGCCGUUUGGCAUGAACAUUAUUAAAAAAUACAGAUGCUUCAGCUACCUGCCUAUCAGCCCAACCUUUGCAGGCUACACAUGGAAGGGCUUUGGGAAGGGUGAGAACAGCCGGAGUUCAGACAAAGACUCCCAGGCCACAGUAUAGCCUUUGCUGUGCCCUGUGGUCCGGCCACAGUGAGGCAUGUAGCUGUAGUUCCUUGCUCAGUAACAAGAAGAUAUAUGUUUGUAUAUCUACAUUGGCAUCCUGCCCCUCAGAGCUAAGACAGGUUGCACAUCACUCUUCUGUUGUGGGUAGUGAUUGUGUCCAAUAUGGUGUCUCGCUUGUCUCCUUAUUGGUCCCUUACCCUUGUUGUGUCCAUUGCUGGCCAUGGUCACUGAACUUGAGAUCACAGUCAUGCCAUUGGCGUGGGCAUUUGGGAUCCACAGUAGUCCUGCUUUCAGCCCCCUCUGCCUUCCUGUGCUCUCUUUCCUACAAGCUGCUUUGAGGUCCAGGAGUUUCUGCUUCUUAAACACUAUGUCCCAUUCUUUUUACUUGACCUCAACCUGAGCCCUGCAGAGACCUCCUCUGUCCAAGAGGCCACCGGUGUCCUUACUUUGUCAUAUUUGCCUGGUCAAUGUGAUUUUGUUGUCCUUGAUACCCAAGAGCCUAUUGACCUUGCUGAAAAUAGUGUCAUGGCUGCCCUGUGACCAGAUGUGAGCAUGUAUAAGGUCUGUAUAGCUGUGGAAGAUGGAACUAUGUUUAGGAGAUUGACAAGGAAUGGAAAGGUCCCAAGACAAUGGGAUUCUAAACUGCUCUUCCUCCUUGCUACCCUGGCCCCAUGCAAGUCAGCACAGUGCAUACUAACGUGUUUUACUGGCUGAGAGACCCUAUUUGGCGUUUUCACUGCUGGCUGGUUUGACGGGUAUAGAGUGCCCACAGAUAAAUCUAUGGGCGUCUUGGCUCUGCUGUCCUGUCCUGUUUGUGUGUUUUAUUACUAUUUAAUGUUAUUGACUGUAGCAGAUUUUUGAAAUCAGUGUUUUUCCAUGUAAACUUCUAACCUUGCAUCUUAUUCCUUGUCCUCUACUCCCUACCCCAUUAAAAAAAGAACCAGCGUCUGUAAAGCUGUGGGUGCCAUCAGGGAAGCUUUUUGUAUCGGAUGUUGAAGGCCAGUGACCAUUGUCAUGGGUGUGUUUUGUACUGCUCUAUACCAUGAAAGUGUAUAUACUGUAAUGUCUAAUCUAUUUAUCACAACUGACUACUGGACCAGGGCCCGGAAACGUGGGUCAAGUUACAUGUGAAUUUGUUUGGUGAAGAAGGGACAGUAACACAGAGUCACCACAUGGAUCGUGCCAUUAUCUGGCCAAUGUCAUUCCUUCAUUCUGUUGCUGGCAGAUCUGGCUUAAUAAUAAGACUGUGGGUUGUCAGGUCACAUAGCCACUGGAUCUUGAUUCUUGUAGAAGGGAAGCUUUGACCCCUUAGCCAGAUAGCCUGUGAAAUUCGUUACAGAAGAUAGUAAGAAAAGCAUCUCUCAGGUCCUCUCUGUGAAGAGUUCUAACUUGGAACACAAAUCCUUGCUGACAAAUGACUUGCUCUGAGUUUGGCUUUCAAGCCAAGGGGAAGGCCUAAGACAGAGUAAUGAUCUUGCUUCAUGAGACUCUACCACUUAAGUAGCUGUGGACUUGGCUGAACUGUGGGUGGCAGUGGCCAUUCCUGUCCCCCUUAGCAAGGUGUGACUCUCAGUAACCUUCUGUCCACAGUAUGUUUCUGUGCCCCAGCUCCCAGGCUGGGUCAGUGUCACCAUGUUACCGCGUCUUUGUGUCUCUGUAGCCCUCAUGACCCAUGAGAGUUUUGGGUUUCAGUAACACCUCAGAGCUACCACAUUGUUUUGCCAAAAUCUUACUCCAGAUUAAGUAUAGGAUUUGGUUUCUGUGUUUUGUAUGUAUAUUCAGAGCAAUUAGUACUUUGGAAGCACAUUGCUGAGUGGCUUCUUGCCCCUCCUUUCUUAGCAAGCCUGUGUGGCUGACAGCUUUCCUGCUCUGCAUUCACUCUUUUGCCUCAAUUUGCAUCUCAGAUCUGCGGAAUUGUGGUGCUGCAGUGAGCAUGAGUCCACACAGAAGCGUGAGAACGGCCCAUACUGUAGGCCCAGUGUCCUGCCAGCUCUACCUGUCCUGCUGAGUACCACCCAGUGUUCUUACUGGGCUGUGUUUUGCUUUGAGGCUUUCAUUGUUAGCCUAAGGCAUGGGCCCAGCAAGUGUCUAUGGCCAAGGAAGUGCGAUGCCAACAUCUCUCAUUGGAAGCAGGGUUUCCCGUUCUUGCUUUGUCAGAGCCAACUUUUGAUUUUCUUAGCAGGAAGGGGACAGGAGGUGGGAGGGAAGAGGCGCCUUACCAGGUGCCUGGUAGAGUCGGGUACUUCGUGAUUGUCACCCUGUAACCAUUACUAAGGCUUGUCCAUGUAGGAUGUAUUCCCCACACACAUAGGGAACGUGUAUUUAUGUGCCAGAAGGGGAGUUUUAGGGGGGACAUGGUGGCCGCAUGUGAUUUGUUGGUGCAUUUGUGUCUGGUUCGUUGGCCUGCAUUGCUGGGACUUGGAGCUCUGUUUGUUUCCCAGUGGACCGUUAGGAAGUGUUUAAGAUGUGAGCAUUCUACAGGGCAUCCUGUCUCUAGUUCUCACAGCGAACACCUGAGAGCAAGCAUUUAGGUCAGCCACAGAAGGCAGAAGUGUUAAGGGCAGGAAAUGCUGUCAGGCUCCCUGUGGGGGAGACUCAGGUUGGAAAGAAAUGGGGAAUAGCACUGGUCUUUGUAAGUGACUUCAUUCUCAUGUCUGAGUUAAACUUUGAUUUGGAACAUUUAUGCUCAGAAUCUUAUCUUUCUUAAGAGGGUUUCCAGUGUUAAUUUUUAUUGGGAUUGAUCCAGGCCAGCAGGAGUGAAGUGUUGUGGGUCCCACUAGUGUCCCAUUUUCACAGUAACAAAUUCACAUGCAGGAUUUACUUUAUACUGUAGAAUACUGACCUUCAUGAUGACAACCUGAUUUAUGCAUGAAUAUCACAGUAUUUCCAUAUAGUAAAAUAACAUUUCUGCCCAGGAUAAUAGUCACAGUUUUCCAGGGAGGGAAUGAUAUAAUUUUCAUGACAAUGUCAUGUGCUGAUAGAAUUUCUCCAUUGAUGAACCUCUAGUAUGUGUGUAUACUUUAUUUACCCAUGUGUAUAUUUUAUGAUCAUGAUCUAAGCUGUUAAUUCUUUCACUCAUAUCCCUGCUGAGACACUGAUAUUAGCAACUUAGACUUAACGUUGGUAAAUUUAAUCUGCAGUCAUGCGUGUGCCCCAGAGGCGCGUCCUCAGUUUAGAACCCACCUGGUUGGACAAGAGGCACCAUCCUCCACUGCCUGUGCUUGGGGUAGACGUUUGGCUGCCAGUGCCAGGCUUGGCAUGGCCUGGAGUGAGGGGCCUAACUACCCGGCUAUUGCUGACCACCAGCUGUGCAUUCCCAAGCAUGCCCAGUGCAUAUCGCGUUGGUGCACAGCUCCUGGACCCAAGCUCUCACAGGGAGCUCUGGCCUCCAGGGAACUGUCUCUCGGAUCAGGGUUUCACAUACUGUACUUUGUUCUCCGUUUCCUUGUGGCUUAGACACAGAAUAAGACAUCUUCCACCUUCUGUUUUUCCUAUAGUCAGAGCCCCAGCAGUGCUAGAUGGUCCCUCAUGUGCCAGCAUUCGGCUUUCAUGGAACCCCAAAGCACGGUAGUGCUGGGGAUCCUUUUUCAGCAGCUCACAGACCUCCCCAUCCUUCCAGGAUGUUGACUGCCUUGUCACCACUCUGAUACUCAGCAUUCUCAGGUUGCUGUGUGUGUUUCCUGGUGUUUAGAACACUCAUAACCAGCGUUGCUGUUGAGGCCAUCUGACAGUUCAGUCAAUCCUUUUCUGUCCGUUCCUAACAACUUUAAUUUGACACAUUAAUAAAAUUCUGACUGUUCUUAAAACAGUAGAGAUGCCUCUAUUUUAUUUGAGUUUUGUGACUGACAUUGCCUGUGUAUCUUUCUGGGGUUUUGUUUGUUUUUAAUUUUUAUUUUACAUACUUGAGGGUAUUUGGGGUGGGGUUGUUUUUUGAGAUGUGUAAUUCUUUUAUGGAGUUUUUAAAAAGAAUUUUCAUAUUGUUUUUCUAACAUGGCUUCAUUAAACGUUUAAGUAUUUUAAAAAUAUGUAAUAUUUGGACCAGAUGUUGUGAAUAAUAGUAGAGAUAAAGCUAUUUUAUUCUGUAUUUUUAAAACUGUUCCGGACAAAUAAAAGCUCUCCUGGAUGUA